UCGUGGCUGAGAUUUAAUAUCGAUGACCAGGGAGGGAGGUUGCACAUGUGAUUGGAGGGCCAGUGGGACCUUGGGUUGACUGGGACGUGGUAGAGAGCAUAGAGCUGCCUGGGGAAAGGGGAGGUGAUUUGUGUGGGAUUGGAGUGUGCCAGGGGAUGGUGAAACCUGCUGGGGAAACAGAAGGUCCAACUUUGUCUGGUGCUGGGCACAACCUUGAUGUUGCAAGGUGCAAAGAUCCAGCCACAGGGGUGGCAGCCCCGCACUGGCAAGAGCAGAGUUUGAAGCCAACAAACGGGAGUUACAGGCUGAUAUUGCCACUGAUAAAUGACUGGGAAGAGAUCAUGACUUCCGUCAAAGAGCAGGAAGCCAUCAAGAAGCUCAUGGCAUUCUUGCAGGAAUGGGACAGUGCCCGCAAAGUUGCUCGAAGCCGCAUCUUGGACAACUUCAUUAAAAGCAAUCACGGCAAGACAGGGCCAGAGCUGGAGCUGGAGUUCUCCCAGGGUGCCAGCUUAUUUCUGGCUCGCCUAACAGCGUGGCUCAGGAUGAUCUACAUGUAUGGCACUUGCCUAGGCAAGCUGCUGAAGUCCAUUGGCAUCUUUUUAUCAGCUGCAAGUGGGUGUCAGUUCUGGCUUUGCUCCCCCUGUCCCUGCAGACACAGGUACCUCAUGGAAUUUCUGGAGAUCGGAGGUGUCCUGACUCUCCUGGAAAUACUAGGGCUGAGCCACCUGAAAGAAGAGGACCAAAGGGAGUCGGUAAAGCUGCUUCAGCUCGUCGCAAAUGCUGGCAGGAAGUACAAGGAGCUCAUCUGUGAAAGCUAUGGGGUGCAAUCCAUUGCUGAGUUCUUGGCCACGUCCAGAUCAGCAGAGGCUCAAGAAGAAGCGCAGCUUCUGCUGGAGUCUUUGGGCCAUGGCAAUCCCAAGUAUCAGAACCAAGUCUACAAAGGCCUUGUUGCUGUGCUGCCAUGCACCUCCCCACGAGCCCAGCAGCUCUCUCUGCAGACACUCAGGGUCAUGCAGCAGGAUGUGGUGGGAGAGGCCCCUGGCAGCGUGGCGGAGCCCCUGCUGAGCGUGCUGCGUUCCCGGCACCUGGAGGUGCAGUACGAAGCCAUCCAGCUGCUGAGGGCUCUCAUGGCCUGCAAGGUUCGGCUAGCCCUGCUGAAGGGCCUGGUUGCGCUGCUGAUAGCACCCAGGGAGGAAGCAUUCGCAUUCUGCGAUGAAACUGCCCAAGACCCAGCUCUGCUUUGCCUGAGGGAGCCCAUGCUGGUGUAUAUUCAGCAAGCAGCUGCUGCAAAAGCCAUUGGCAUUUUAGCCAAGGAGUCAGCAGAAGUGGCAGAAGAGCUGAUCCAGCUGAAAGUGGUGCACAGCCUGAUGGUUGCUGUGGGGAAUCAGGAUCAUGUGGACAGCCAGAGACAAGCCAGCAUCUCCUUGGAGUAUUUUGUCCGCACGUUUCCCUUUGUGGAGGAGCACAUGAGGAUGGCAGUAGGGGACACACUGUUCCAGCUCUUUAUGGAUAGUCCUGAGACAUGGUACACAAAAAUGGAUUCAUUCCACGCUGAAAUACUGGCCUCCAAUAGAGUGGACAUCCCCAAAGAGAUGGAAAGGCUGCAACCCACAGAAGAGACGCCCAGAUCUGAUCUCACCACAAACUCAGCAGUGUUUUUUCUGGAACGAAACAGUGCUGCUGGAAAUGUAUACCAACUGAAGGAUUUGCUGCAUCUAAAUGGGUUUUGUUUCAAGUAAUUCUUGUUCAAGAAGAUAUACAGCAUCCUCCAGCAUUCUUAAGAGUCAGAGAACUUGAACAGUAGGUUUCUCAGUUAACUAAAAGCACUAUUUACUUCUGCUUCUCCCACUUCCCUGAGGAGCUUGAUGCCAGACAUAUUGCAUAUUGAGAUGGAGGCAGACACCCCCUAAUCUUUAUUUUGUUUAGUCCUAAAACUGAAAUCUGAAGCUAAUGUUAGCUUUCUAAUUAGUGCAGCGUGGAGUUUGUAACAGGACAGAUACUCCCUGUUGCUCAUGGGAUUUAGUAAUAAUAUUUGAGGAAUACUGAACACAUUGCUUCCCUUGUGUACUCUGCGCAGGUCUUCAGGGACAAGUGUGCCUGUAGCGAAGGCAACAGGCAUUUCAGAUUUGCAAAU